UGGAUUUCGAAACUUUUAGCGUAUAUAAGCCCCCUACGAACUACAGUUGAGCAUCAGACAGUCAUCAGCUUUCUACCAGCUCCAACAUGAAAUUCCUCAUCGUCUUCGUCGCCCUCUUCGCCAUGGCCGUGGCCCGCCCCAACGAGGCCCAGGUCUUGAAGCAGGACGUCGAUAUUGCACCGGACACGUGGAACGCCGACCUGGAGCUCAGCGAUGGCACCAGCGUCGCCCAGAAGGGUGUCCUCAAGAACAUUGGCUCUGAGAACGAGGCCAUUGUCGUUCACGGAUCUUACUCCUGGGUGGAUGAGAAGACCGGCGAGAAGUUCACCAUCACCUACGUGGCUGAUGAGAACGGAUACCAGCCCCAGGGCGCCCAUUUGCCCGUGGCGCCAGUUGCUUAAAUGUUUCCCAAAUCGAUCAAAGAGUUUAAAAUAAAUCAAAAUGCUUUAAAUUAAA